AUGGAGAGCCUCCCCACCACAAUGAACGGACCCUUGUUGCCUGGUCAUCUCAAAGUUGAUUUUGGUGAUUUGGUAGCCCUUGAAAAAGCUUUUAAUGAAAAUGGAGAUCGGAUAGCUGGAUUUUUGUUUGAACCCAUCCAAGGAGAAGCUGGGGUUGUUAUUCCCCACGAUGGUUAUUUAAAAUCUGUAAAAGAGCUUUGCUCAAAAUACAAUAUUUUAAUGAUUGCUGAUGAAAUCCAAUCUGGCUUAGCUAGAUCGGGAAAAUUGCUGGCUUGUGAUUGGGAAGAAGUUCGCCCAGAUGUAGUGAUAUUAGGAAAAGCCUUGGGUGGUGGAGUGAUCCCUGUAAGUGCAGUUCUUGCAAACAAAGAUGUGAUGCUCUGUAUCCGACCUGGAGAGCAUGGAAGUGGUGUGGAUCAUGCAGAGCAAUUCACCAUACCCGUAGUUGUUGGGUCGGAAGCGAACGCCGUGAAUGAUCUUAUCAACGCUGACCCCGCCGUGAACAAGGCUGCGUACCUAUUCACUGUGGAAAAUCUUAACCUUCACAAGCUGUCCCCAGUUUCAAAUCCCAGGUUGCUGUAG